GAAGGUUGCCCAUAAUUUUAGGGUAAUUAAUUUGAUUCCACUGUUAAUUUUAGGUUGUAAACUUUAUGGGAAGCGAAACUAUAAUUAAUAUCAAUGGACUGAUUGUAUUUAUCGUUAUCGUUCACAAAAGGUUUGCAUUAAAUUUAUUCUAACACAGAAUAAGCAGCACAAUGCGGAGCAACUGGCAACAUGUCAAUGGCAUAUCCUAGAAAAUAAUAAAAACGCCUUAAAACUUCGUGUUUAUCGAAUUUUUGUGAGGAAUAAUGUUAAUUGUAAACAAAUUUUGCAAAAUUCGUGGCGUAGAGAAUCGUUUAAUAGAGUAUUUGAACCAUAUUGAAGCAAGGACUUGCUCCCACACGAAUGUUUUCUAUGAAAGUGGAUGCGGAGGUUCCAAAUAAGUUCUCAGUGCAGUGCCACGGCUCUGUAGAGGAAGUCAUAACCUCUCUUAUCAUUUUUACAAAUUGACCCAAAAAUUAAUGGAAACGGGUCGUUUUCGGCCCGAAAAGCCGGGUAACAAACACAAUCAAACUGGAACUCAUGGAAUUAGAAAAUAUUGUGGCCAACACUGUUUACCUAAAAGCGAGGGAGGGUGGUUCAGAUACCAACAAAGGUAAAAGCAAAAAGUGGAGGAAGAUUUUGCAGUUUCCUCACAUAUCUCAGUGCAUCGAUCUAGUAAAUCAAAUAGAUAUUCGGUAUGAUUAUGUCAUUGAACAACAACCAAUUGGUAAACUGUUGUUCGCGCAGUGGUGCGAGGUUAAGGGACCCCAAUGUCACCAGCGUUUACGUUUCUUAGAUGCUGUUAAACGAUAUGAACUAGAGACAGAUGACCAACAAGAAGAGUUGGUCAGUGUUCUCAAAAAAGAAUUUUUGGUUAGUGCCGAAGGUCCAGAGGGUAUAAUGUUAGGAAUUAAUAUCCCUGACUUGGCCAUUGGAGACAGGCUUGCUAACAAUCAAGACAAGGACUUGCUAACGCAGUAUGUUCAGGCUGUCAGGAAUUAUUUAGCGGGCGACCCUUUUCUGGAAUUUACGAAAUCGAUGUAUUUUCAUCGUUACUUGCAAUGGAAAUGGCUAGAAUCUCAACCAGUUACCUACAAGACUUUUCGAAUGUAUCGUGUUUUAGGCAAAGGUGGGUUUGGUGAAGUGUGUGCCUGUCAAGUUAGAGCAACAGGUAAGAUGUAUGCCUGCAAAAAAUUGGAAAAAAAACGCAUUAAGAAGAGAAAGGGUGAAGCAAUGGUAUUGAUUGAAAAACAAAUUUUGCAAAAAAUCAACUCACGCUUUGUUGUAAACUUAUCUUAUGCUUACGAAACCAAAGAUGUAUUGUGCCUAGUACUUACUAUAAUGAAUGGAGGUGAUUUAAAGUUCCACAUUUACAAUAUGGGUAGCGAACCGGGUUUGGAUAUUACCAGAGCAAGAUUUUACUCAGCUGAAGUGAUAUGUGGUCUUGAACACUUACAUCAACAGGGUAUUGUUUAUAGGGAUUGUAAACCAGAAAAUAUAUUACUAGAUGAUGAAGGUCAUGUUCGGAUCUCAGAUUUAGGUUUAGCAGUAGAAAUUCCGGAAGGUGAAUCAGUUAGAGGUAGAGUUGGUACAGUAGGAUAUAUGGCGCCGGAGGUUAUAGAUAAUGAAAGAUAUACAUUCAGUCCUGAUUGGUUUAGUUUUGGUUGUUUGUUGUAUGAAAUGAUCGAAGGUCAAGCACCAUUCAGGGCUAGAAAAGAAAAGGUUAAACGGGAAGAAGUAGAUCGUAGGGUAAAAACUGUACAGGAGAAGUAUUCAAAUAAGUUUAGUGAAGACAGCAAGACUUUGUGCCAACAGCUGCUAGCAAAAAAUCCGUCUCAACGACUGGGAGGAAAAGCUGGAAGAAAUGGUGCCGCUCAGGUUAAGCAACAUCCAUUUUUUCAGACUAUAAAUUGGAGACGAUUAGAAGCGGGCCUGAUAGAUCCACCAUUUGUUCCUGAUCCUCAUGCUGUCUAUGCAAAAGAUGUCUUAGAUAUUGAACAAUUUUCAACAGUUAAAGGUGUAGAUAUAGACGAGAGUGAUACCACUUUUUACAGCAAAUUCAAUACGGGAUGUGUGUCGAUACCCUGGCAGACAGAAAUGAUAGAGACUGAUUGUUUUAGGCAAUUGAAUGUGUUUGGGAUUAAUAACACUAGAUCGCCAGAUUUGAUAUUACAGCCAGCGGCCGCAAUAGAUAAUAAAGGUUGUUUUCCAUUCCGACGGAAGAAAAAACAACUUCCGAGGUCCCAACCAGUACCUAUUAAUCCUAAUUUAUUGUCUCAGGUGAUUGAUAGCUGAUAUAACUCUGUUAAUUGUGUCAUUGUAGUUAUAUAAGAUUUUAAAUUAUCAUUUUUGUCGUGUUAGCACUUUUCAACCUAUCUUUGUAUAUAUAUAAAAAUAAGCUUACAGCAUAUUUCACUAAUUAUGUUAUUUUUAUACAAUUGUUGCAUCUGUUAACAUUGAUACUCAAAGUCUCAGACUUUUUACCCUGACAUGGCACAAUGGUAAAGCUAACUUAUGAUCAAUAUAACCCUUCCAUUUAUUACUAGCACCUUGGGGAUUUACAAAAAGAUUGUUAUUAUCAAAUGAGAAAUUUUAGCAUAUAAAUUACUGGCAGACAACAACAUAUUUUAUGUUAUUUGAUAAACAAAGCCACAAAUGGUGAAUGGGAGAAUAUUUUAUCUCAAGAAUGGAGGCGAAGAGAAAAUUUGCAAAGCCUUCAUUGAAACAAUUAGGUUUGUGUGAAUGUUUCUCUACUUGGGAUAUAUUCCCAAUUUUGUAAUAAAUGGCUACAAAAUUUCUUGGUGAAAACAAUUCCAAAUUGCAUGUGGGCAGUUAAAUUAAUUAUUUUAAAAAAAUCGGUAAUAACCAUUUAAUAUAUCUGUUUUUAACAAUCUUUUGUGAUAAACGUAGUGACUUGGUACUGUCAAUUGAUUAGUGCCUAACUUGCAAGAUUCACCAAUAGUAUGUGAAAAACAAUGAUGUAAAUUUUUUAGCGAAAUUUUUAAUGUCUGCAUGAAGAUAAUAUUGCAUGUUUACCAUUUUAUCUAAUAUAGCUACUUGUAUCCUAAUAUUUUUGUUACUUAAGUGAUUUGUUUGCUGAAUCUCAGAAGGAAAAAUAAUGUUGUCACUAGUCUUCCGUUCAAAUUAUACUUGCUGAAAAUUAAAAGCAGUUUUUUUAUUAUUAUUCUUACUAAACACUACACAAAUUACAUUUUUCGUCUUUAGUAAAAAAAUGUUGUUCUACAGGUACUUAUUUUCAGUUGUUUGUUUUGUGUUUAUUUUGAUUAUUCAAGUAUAAAUGUACUCAAUAAAUCCUGUAUUUAUAGUUAUCAGAUAUGUAAUUCUUAAAGACAUAGAAGUGCUUCUCAAACAUAUUGUUAUUGUCCACCAAAUUGAUUUAUUUGAAAUCUUCAAUCAUAUCAUGAACAGUAUACUGAGCUAAAAGGAGGAUGUGAGGAUACAAAGCAGAAGAAUUAAUUAAAGAAAAAAUAGAAAAUGUUCGACAUUCGAUAUACAGGGUGUCCCAGCUUAUGGGUUCUAACAUCUAACUGCUCAUGCUCUACAUUUAUCAUUAAAAUAUUUAAAACAAAAGUACCUAAUUUAUUAAUAUUAAAUUCAUUUUACUGAUGUUUUAUUGGAACGCUAUACUUUGAAAGUUUACUUUUAUAAGUCGCAUUAGAUUGAAACUUUUGAAGUUUGAUGUUAAAGCUGGUACAUGAUUAUAUUAAUUGGAUUGCUACUACUAAAGUAAUAUAUUUAUAUCAGUAGCGCCAAACCUAUGUACAAAGUGUAAUGUUUAACGUUUUCAGUUCUAAUACACAAUGGCGAUCGAUUUUGUGGGGCUUUUAUUUCUAAAUUUUUGGAGACGUACUUAUAUCAAUAACUAGCCCAAUCUAUUCAUGGCAACUUAAAUUCGUUUAUGCCGGUGUGGAUGUUCCGUCAUUUGCUUAGACAAAUUUAAAUAGUACAGUUAUCCAUCUGUAGAUGGCAGAGUCACUAAACUUUCCACAUACAAUUGUUGAUCCAAAAUGUAUACUCAUCCAACGGAUUAACUCCAUCUUCUUGCCUGCUAGAGGGUAUUCUUGUUUAUCGUUUGAAAUUUUCUCUUAUUUACAUUUUUUUUCUGCUACAAUGACAAUGUCAGUCGCACAUAAUAACAAAUAGUCAGUUAUAUUGCCUUUUAUUAACUGCACACUAAUCGAUCAAAAAUAUGAAUAAUUAGUAGUCAGAUGGCGAUUCAGACAUGUACAGUAUAUGAUUUGCAUGGCGGAACAUCUAUCCUAUAUUCAAUAUGAAAGGCUAUAUAUAGGAAGCGUUGCUGUAAAAAAAGAGACUGACGCACAAAAUACCUGUAUAUGUUCUGAAUUAAAUCACCAUUUGGUGAUGUUUUUAUCAGAACGUAUUUUAAGUUGAUAGUGGCGUUUAAAGUAAAUGCCAAGUAUUUACUGGGUUUGCCGUUGCAUUUUUAGUUAUGUUCCUUCCGCGCUUGUCUAACAUUGUAUCUCACAAACAACAUGUAUACAUUUUACAUCCUGUAGAUAUUUUUGUUUUUAGCAAGAAUAGUAGAAAUUAAUAUUGAUGUAUUUAUUGUGAUAGUAUAAUGUAUCCUAUUUACUAUUUUCAUACAAUUCUAUUUUUCUUAUUUUGCUUUAUUUAUUAGAAUAAAUAAAUAAUAAAAACUUAUUUCGAUAACUUUUUUUUUGUUCUUGGAAAACGUAGUAACCUAUUUGUAGUUUAAGCGAUUUACAACAUUUUUCAGGUUCAAUACCUGCCGAAUAUGUGGAUUAUUUUGGUACAGAAAACAUGUAAAUAGACAUAUAGUUAUCGGUACAGAGUAAACAAUGUUUAUAUAAAAUAAAAUCUCAGACGCUUAACAUUUGCAUAUUUUUUAGUAUUUGACUUAAAUUGUCUACUGUUUCGAAUAUAUUUGGCGAAUUUUGCAAAUGUAAAAUAUGAUGAUUGUACGUUGACUGAAUAGUUUGUUUACUAACACCAAAGUCAGCUAUUUCUUUCUAUUUGAACUAUUGGAAUUGGAACAGAGCGAAAUGUGGCAAAAUGUCGAUUUUUUAAAUGUUUUAUUAGAUUAUAGUGUGACAAAUGAAAUUUGAGCUCAAAGCAGAAAAUAGUACUUAUAGAUACAUCUUGCGUAGAAAAACAAGAGCAUUAUUAUGUUGCAUUUGUAUAUUUUUUUAAAAGCUAAAGUAGGUAAAAAAGACAGCCAAUUAUAUCUUAAAAAUAAACUACUUAACCUCAUGCACUUUUCGAGUAUCGCAAGCAGUAUAGGGUUAGUCCAAAAACUAUCCACAAUAACCAAAAUAAAUCAACAUGUACAAGGGGGGGGGAUGUUAUCAUUUAUUUGCGGUUCCAAUAAUAUCUUGGACGAGUUUACUGUUGGCUGUAGAUGACAAAUUUUUCUCGUCCUAUUAGCCCGGAUACGCUAACAUAUGCGCGAUAAUAUUGUACGUCGUUAUUUGUGAAAUUUAUAA